UCAGGCUCAAUCCUGCAAAUGAGCUACAUCCUGCGGGCAAUUGAGCGGGAGUGCUCAGUGGCCCAACACCGACCAACUGAUCCUCACGUACAAUGUUGCGUUUAUGCUGUAUUCUCUCCGUUCUGUGGGUCGCUGCUGCGCACUCUCUACCACCAGAUAAGGUCUCAGCUUUUCACAUUAUCAAGACCCGUAGCAUAGACCUUAACAAUGCCCAUGGAUUGGCCAUGGAGACGCGACUCGAGAAAUCGGUAAAGCCGACCGGAUACCGACUCGAAUUGGAACCCUACCUUGAAGAUGGACUCUUUAAGGGUCAUGUUAGCAUUAAUGUGACAUGGCUUGAGGAUACUGAUGAAAUCAGCGUACACUGCGCUCACGAGAUUGAGAUCACGAAUACUGAAGUGAAAGCGACAUUCCCCAAUACGAAGGAAAUACAAAAGGUCUCAGUAAAGAGGGUAUCAAUGGAUAUUAAGAAACCAAUCGUAACUUUACGUCUUGAAAAGUCAAUACCCAAAGGAUCAGAGGGACAUUUGGUGUUCGGAUUUAAUGGCACCAUGGAAACUGAGAACACCGAAGCAUUCUUUAAGACUACAUAUAUGGAACAAGAAACUGAGAGGAUUGUCGCCGCAACUCAGCUUCGUCCAAACAAUGCUCGUCGUAUGUUCCCCUGUUUCGAUGAACCGGGUUAUAAGACGCCGUUUCAGCUAAGCGUGGUACGUCCAAGGAACAUGAUUGCCCUAAGUAACGUCCCAGUUGCUAGAACUGAGGAGAUUACCGGUGAACCUAACGCAGUGUGGGAUCAUUUUGAGAUGACCCCACCAAUGUCAACUUUCACUCUUGGUUUGGUAAUCGCUGAGCUGAACCAACUGGCUGAUUCUAAGCAAUUACAGAACGAAAAAGAGGACAGUUCUAUAGAAUUGCGAGUAUGGGGCCGCCCAGAAUACCACCAAGCACUGGAAGGCGUUAAUGAAAAACUUUUCACGGUGUUUAAAGAGAUUGCAAAUUUCUGGCGCGUGUCUCUGCCUCUAAAACGUCUUGAUAUUGUUGCAUUGCCCAACUACCAGGGGGUUAAGCCAGCAGACAACUGGGGACUCAUCGUGUUCAAGGAGAGUGACCUAGCCAGUAAAGGCUAUUUACAAUUGGCACAGGAACUAUCGUAUCAAUGGCUGGGAGCCUUCACGACACCUGCUUGGUGGUCUGACGCUCAUUUGAAUAAGGCUCUUGUCGGAUAUCUAGCUGCUGAAACUGCUUUUAAGAUAAACAAUGGUUCUGAAAUGGAAGGCAAAUGGCCAAUGACAGUGUUGUAUUCAUUGUAUUAUGAGUUUAGUAAGCGCUACCCUCAUUCUCGCAUAACGGGCAUGAAACAGGAGACUGCAAGCACCAAGAUCGAAUUAUUGUUCAGGAUGUUCAACUACACCUUUGGAGGAGAUACAUUCAGAGAGGGACUCAGGGAAUUCAUUAAAGAGCGCAAAUUCAAAACAUUUACCGGAGACCACGUCUGGAAUGCACUAACUGCUGCAGCUAUUAAAGACAACAAAAUUCCUAAAGAUUUAGAUGUGAGAACAAUAGCCAACAGUUGGAUCGAGAAAGACAGAUUACCACUUAUCACCGUUAAGAGAAAUUACAAAAGUAAAUCAGCUCAUGUAACUCAGAAAGUGUAUCUGCGUGAACGUCCUCAUGACGUCCCCGAUGCGGCUAAAAUGUCAUGGUGGGCUCCUUUAGUUAUAGCCAGGGAAGAUGCACUCGAUUUUAAUAAGGGUACUACUACUAUUUGGAUGAAGAACCAAAAAGAGUUAGAAAUAAAUGACUUGCCUGGAGAGGAGCACUUUAUCAUUGUUAAUCCUGAGGAAAUUGCACCAUUCCCUGUUAAUUACGACGAUGAGAAUUGGAGGCUUCUUGCUAACUACCUGCAAACCAACAACCGACUUCGUAUUCCGGAACUAACUCGAGCCAAGCUUCUUCACGACGCGUGGAACCUAGCCUACGCUGGCGACUUGGCCUUUGCUACAGCAUUCAAUAUGACGUUAUUUCUUAGAGAAGAGCGGCAUCAUCUUGUCUGGGAUCCUGUGUUUACAAUGAUCGACCACAUAGGCAAACAUAUUUGCGAAUGCAUGCAUGAGAAAUUCCAGGCUUACGUCAGAACAUUAUUAACACCCCUAUACGAAGAGUUGAUUAAAGAUGAGCGCGAAGAUGAGGAGAACUGGCGGAAGAACCUGCGAGGACAUACUAAGACGUUCCUCUGCCAAGCUGGAUAUGCUCCCUGUAUUAAGGAAGCCCAAGAACAGUUUAGCAAAUGGAUGCAAGCUAAAAAUCCUGACGAAGGCAACCCUAUUGCGAACCAGUACAUAUGUCCGGUAUUCAAGUACGGCUCGAAGAAAGAGUGGGAGUUCGGACUGCAGCGCGUGAUUAACUUCCCACCAUCGCGCAAGCAAAGCGAGCGAACUUAUUUGCUCAAGACAUUAGCUGGGUGCCCGGUUGAUGUGUACAAGAUCAACAGGCUAUUGAAUCUUUCGGUGCUGGAAGGCAACGGCAAUUUCACGGAGACGGACCUGUUCCUCAUCUUCAGCAUGGUGUCGGGCAGCCCCCAUGGCCACACUACUCUUUUCCACUUCCUUAAUAACAAUUGGAAUGAUCUUAAGGAGAAGUUCCAAAGCAAGACAAAUCUAUGGGACAACCUAAUCACUUCAGCUACAUCUCAGUUCACUACACAGGCUGGUCUAGAGUUGGUCUCCAACUUGUACGUAGCCCAUCAGGGUGAAUUCGGUUCCGCCGAGCAUAUUAUCGAGAAAUCCAUGAGGAACAUCAGAGAAGAGGCAAAAUGGUCAGACGCAAAUCUGCCUGUUAUAGACAAAUGGCUGGAUUGGUAUCUGUCUGUCUAUAAUGUUAACGAUAAGGUUGCUAAAAACUGAUUUGUAAAAGCUGACAAGUAAAGUGAAAAAAAAAAAAUACACACGCCGUAGUUACCGUACCUGUACCUGGCAUGCCAACUACCUGACAUUCCAUUCACGUUGUAGUUUCUUUAUAUCUACCAGCUAUAGGUAUGUCUAGGUGCCAGUUGCCUUCAUCCGUAUUUUGGUCGUUAUUUUUGUAUCCAAUAGCACAAACAUUGAAGUUAAAUGUUAAUGCUUAUACUAUCAUUUCUAGCUCAAAAGGUAACUUUAUUGAAGCCAUCACUCACACCACUCGGCGAGGUGUUUUAAUAUUUCGGAUUUGGAAUUUGCUUCGUUUGGAUUUUGGGUCUCAUGUCGC